AUGGCAGGCCAGCAGCAGCAGAUCAUAGACACCAUCUUCUCUAUGAAGAGGAAACUACUACGUGGAAACGACUCCGACUUGGAAGAAGCAGACUCGCCGUUCGCAAACUACAGACAGGACCUGAAGCGCAAGUCGCAGUAUGCGCGCGCCAGCGAUCCAGAUUUCCUCUCAGACCCUCGACCCUACAAGAAGCGCGUUGAGCACGGCGGCUAUCGCAGGUACAUUCUGCAGCGCAAUCCUCCACGAUACGACCCCGACGGCGACAUUGUUGAGCCGUCAGACGAGUACGAAGACGAGGACGAUCUCGAAGCAGUGGAAGAAAAUCCGUACGCAGAUAUACGCCUAGAAAGGCUACUCAGACCGCUGACAUCUGCCGCGGACCUACCAACCCAUCGAUCUCUGAGCGUUCCAUACACCUCCAAGCACCUGACCAAUCUGGCGAACGAAGCUGGCGCGCUCUGGCGGAGGGAGCAGAUCACAAUUGCACGAGCAAAACAGUUGUUUGUGAAGCUGCAAGGAGACUCGGACUUUGCGCCCGCAGCUUUGGCGGCUAUGGCGGAUGCGCCCCUAGGGAGCUCUUCGUCGAACGGCACGGCGCAAAGAGUCCUCAAUGGUGGUGCGCAGCCUACGGCGCACGAUGAGGCGCGCGACAUGUUGGAUGGUGCUCAAGACAUUGAUAUGGAAGACGCGAGACAACUCAAUGGACUUGAGGAUGACGAGGCCAGACUUGAAACCGGCGCAGAAACGGUCAACGGUACAGCGACGAACGGCACAGCCCACGAAGCAGGCACAGAUGGUGCACACCAGCACGACGAAGAAGCACGGUCUGCAGCUGGCGACGAUGCCUCUGAUGAUACAUCGCAAGCUGCGCACCGCAUGACCACACGCGCGCGAGCUCAAGCAGCGUCAACCCCUUCGCCGCCACAUUCACCCUCGAGUCUCGCCGGUCAAAUUCACCCAUUGUUUCUCUUCUCAACCGAUUCGCUUCCCGACCGCGACUUUGGCCUUCCACCGAAUGAAGCUGAGGAGACGCGCAUGCUGCUGAUGGCGUAUGUGCAAAAGCAAGAGGAAAUCUCGCGUGCGACCUCGGAUCUAUACCACGGCUUGAUGCAGGCAGAUAGCAUGCGACAGGACGUCUUCACAUGGUGCAAAGCAGAGGCUCAUAUAGGCGAGAUGAGUGAUGGCGAGGACUGGUGUGAUAAUGAAUACUGGGGUCUUGAUCAUGACUUGGUCAAAGACGAUGUGGUUGUUGCAGGUCUCAACCCAUCAGAAGACUACAAGACAAGCGUGUUGAGCGGUCUCAGCCCAACCCUCAUCAUGGAGUGUGCAAGCCGUAGUUUGGCUUUUCACAGCUACCAAACAUCGCAAGAGAUCGUCUACCAAGAGCAUCUGGCGAAAGGGCUGACGGAGAAGUAUAACGUGCUCAGUCAGCAAAUGGACCAGCUCAUUCACGACGCCAACACUCAAAUCAAACUGCUUCAGGAUAAGGUGCAAGCCCAGCAAGUAGAAGAAGAUAAGCUCUUAGCACAGAACACCGAUCUUAGCAACGGAUACAGGGACAAGGCUAGAGCGCUACAACGUCAGAAGAAGCAGUACGACUCGCUGAAGGGACAGGUGAUGGCGUCUCACGUUGCCAGCGCCGCCGGUGACCAAGCAGAGUUGACACUCCAAACCGCACGCGGCAAGCGCUUCAUUGAUCGUAUGCCGGGUGCGAGAUCUGGUAGUGGUGCAUACAGUCAGCUAAAUGGUGCUGUUCAAAUGCCUUCAGGCAGCAGGCCGCACGACAGGCAAGGCAGUGGGAGCUCUGGUAGCAGUGGGCUGCAGCGGGGAGGGGCCGGUGUUGGUCCAGCACCUACUUAUGCUUCGCACUUGCAAGGGCGUGGUUUAGGUGGUCGAGCUCACCCUGGUCAAUCCGCAUCCAUCAGCACGCCACGACAGAGUCAUCUUCCAGUACUCGGUGGGACACGUCAAGGUCCUAUUCUCAAUGCGAACAUCGGUUCACCCUACCAGGCUUCUCCUAUGAUGCAGCGUCAGACAGUAGGAGGCAACAGACCAGCCAACGGUCUCGGGAAUUCUAUGCUCGGUAUCCCGCGAGCGUCACGGAGAACUACCGGGCCUUUACAAAGAUAG